AGUAAACAAUAUUAUCCCCCUACAUAUACACAAACACUAGAAAAGAAAAAAUGAAGAAAGUGAACUGUGCGUCAUACUUAAGAGACGACGAUGAUGACAAUAUUAGUCCAGCGGGAUUUCCAAGAAUGAUUCUCAAUCUUCCCAAGCCAAGUGCUAGUUCCAGCCAUAAUCGUCGUCGCUUUGUUGUAGAUUCUUCAGAAAGCGAAGAUGAAGGACAUGCUCAUCAGUGGUAUAAGCAUAGCAAUGCUCUUGCUCAACUUCAACCCGUGAAUGAUAUUUCACAGCUUCUAAGAAUGAUGCUCAACCUCAAGCCAGGUGCUGGUACUGGUCGUCCCCAACUAACUCUUAACCCUAAUCGUCGCCCUGUUGUGGACUCUUCAGAUACUGAUGACGAAGGCCUGACUCACCACUACAUGCAGAUAAAGCACUUUAGCCAUCCACAUGCCUUGAACAAGUAUGACAUCCAACAAUACUCCGAAACCAACUGCAAGGUCUGUGGCCUGCAACUUGUUGGCUCGGCUUAUGGUUGUCAAAGCUGUCAAUUUUAUCUGCAUGCAUCGUGCUUCGAUCUUCCUCGGAAGAUCCAGCACGGUGCACACCUAGCACAUCCUCUGACACUUCGAUACCCAUCCUACUACAAGCACUGUGGGAAGGUCUGUAACGCUUGUCGUGAACAGAUACGAAGUUUUAUGUACUGCUGUGAUCUCUGCAGUUUUGACCUUCAUGUCACUUGUGCCACCUUAUACAGCAUCGCGAAGAGAGCUGAUACAUCGAAGGACAGUCUUACACUUUAUUACUCGUUUCCUGUCAGUGACAGUAACAAUACUAUGCCUUGGGUCGCGCGAUGCAACGUUUGUAACAAGAAGGUGUCUAAGGAAGGUUGGUUGUAUUACAGCAAGGAUACUGGCUAUAUUGCACAUAUUAAAUGUGCUAAGGGUGCUGAAGGUGGCCCUCCUCGGAUCAAAGAGAGGCUUAAUUUGCUUAAACUUAAGUAGAAGAAAUUAAGUAUAUGUAUGUGUGUGUGGCUGAUUCAGUGCUCGAAAAUAUAGGACUCAUAUUUGGGGGUUAAUAUGCAUGUCUGCAAAAUCCUCAUGUGUGACUUUAAUUAAAAUAAGGUUUCUAGCACUAGCAGCUAUGGAA